AGCCAAUUACAAUCGUAGCAAGUGUGAAGUUUUCUGCAAACAAAACACAAAAAGCGGAAAAUGGCGAAAGCAAUUCGGUUCUUUGAGCUCAGCACUGGGGCCAAGAUUCCGUCAGUCGGACUGGGAACUUGGCAGGCCGAGCCUGGCGUCGUCGCUGCUGCCGUCACCGCCGCCAUUAAGAUCGGAUAUAGGCAUAUUGAUUGUGCUCAAGCUUAUGGAAAUGAAAAAGAGAUUGGGUUUGCUCUGAAGAAGCUUUACGAUGAUGGUGUAGUGAAGCGGGAGGACUUGUGGAUCACUUCAAAACUCUGGUGUAGCAAUCAUGCACCAGAAGAUGUGCCAAAGGCACUAGAUAGUACCCUGCAGGACUUGCAACUCGAUUAUCUCGAUCUGUAUCUGAUCCACUGGCCGGUCAAGAUGAAGAGUGGUUCAGUUGGUUUUAAGCCUGAAAACCUUGACCAACCUGACAUUCCCAGUACUUGGAAAGCACUGGAGGCAGCAUAUGAUUCUGGCAAGGCCAGGGCUAUUGGGGUUAGCAAUUUUUCUACCAAAAAGCUAGGAGACCUGUUAGCAGUGGCGCGCAUCCCUCCUGCUGUUAAUCAAGUGGAAAGCCACCCUCAAUGGCAGCAGCAGAAGCUGCAUGAAUUCUGUAAAUCCAAGGGAGUCCACUUAAGUGGAUAUUCACCACUGGGAUCCCCAGGCACAAGUAGCAUUAAGGGUGAUGUCCUUAAGAAUCCAAUCCUAUUGUCGGCAGCAGAGAAGCUGGGAAAGACUCCUGCUCAAGUGGCUAUCCGGUGGGGAUUACAGUCAGGCCACAGUGUUCUGCCUAAGAGCACAAAGGAGGAAAGGAUCAAGGAAAACUUUGAUGUUUUUGACUGGUCUAUACCUGAAGACUUGCUUGCAAACUUUGCUGAAGUAAAGCAGGAGAGGCUACUUAAAGGUACUGGAUUUGUCAACGACACGCACGGUGCCUACAAGACCAUCGAGGAACUCUGGGACGGCGAAUUGUGAGGAGCGUAGCCUGCAUGGGCGGAUGUUAGAAACAUUCGGCUUUUUUAUAUGCUUUAAUGUCUUAGCCUGUUUGGAUGUAGCUUGAUUUUCAAAAGGGUGAAUUCAUAAGCUCUGGUACUUGUGUUAAGCAUUGUUCUAAUAAAGAUUCUUCAGAAUAAUUGAAAUAUCAAACCUUUUCGGAUU